ACGAUGGAUCGGUGGGUGUGGUUGUGCAUUGUCAUGGCGACGGGUGUCCUCUGCUUGAGCCUGGUGCAGCCGUGCCGGGCCGACGAUGCGGACGUGGAAGACGACCUGGACGUGGACAUGGUGGGCUCGUACGAGGAUCUGGAGGACGACCAUGCCGCCCCGCCGCCCGUCCCCAAAGUGACCUACAAGGCCCCGGAGCCAAUGGGAGAGCACUUCUUUGCCGAGUCUUUCGACCGCGGAACCCUUGACAGCUGGGUGCUGUCCAGCGCCAAGAAGGAGGACACCGACGAGGACAUCGCAAAGUAUGAUGGCAAGUGGGAGGUGGAGGAGAUGAAGGACAGCAAGCUUCCUGGCGACAAAGGUCUGGUCCUCAAGUCUCGAGCCAAACAUCACGCCAUUUCUGCUCCGCUGCUGCGGCCAUUCACAUUUGGCACCGCGCCGCUCAUUGUUCAGUACGAGGUGAACUUCCAGGCUGGCAUCGACUGUGGCGGUGCUUACAUCAAGUUGCUCACUCAGACGCCUGAACUGGACCUGGACGAGUUUGUGGACAAGACUGCGUACACGAUCAUGUUUGGACCGGACAAAUGCGGCGAGGACUACAAGCUGCACUUCAUCUUCAGGCACAAGAAUCCCAAGAUGGGCAAAUACGAGGAGAAGCACGCCAAGAAGCCAGACGCUGACCUGCGCACGUACUUCACCGACAAGAAGACUCACCUCUACACGCUGGUGGUGAACCCCGACAACACGUUUGAGAUGCUGGUGGACCAAACCGUGGUGAACAGCGGCAGCCUGCUAACGGACGUGAGCCCCCCGGUCAACCCCCCCGCGGAGAUCGAGGACCCCGACGACCGGAAGCCCGAAGACUGGGACGAGAGGCCCAAGAUCCAGGACCCGGACGCCACCAAACCCGAAGACUGGGACGAGGACGCUCCCGCUCAGGUUCCCGACGAGGACGCGGUCAAACCAGACGGCUGGCUGGACGACGAGCCCGAGUACGUGGGAGACCCUGACGCCGUCAAGCCCGAGGACUGGGACGAGGACAUGGAUGGCGAGUGGGAGGCGCCUCAGAUCCCCAACCCGGCCUGCGAGGUGGCGUCCGGCUGCGGCCAGUGGAAGCGGCCCAUGGUCGACAACCCCGAAUACAAGGGCAAGUGGAAGGCGCCAAUGAUCGACAACCCCAACUACCAGGGCGUGUGGAAGCCCCGUAAGAUCGCCAACCCCGAGUUCUUUGAGGACCUACACCCGUUCCGGAUGAGCGCCUUCAGCGCCGUGGGCCUGGAGCUGUGGUCCAUGACGUCCGACAUCUUCUUCGACAACUUCCUUGUCACCAACGACCGCAACGUGGCCGAGCGCUGGGCCAACGACGGCUGGGGCCUCAAGAAGGCGGCCGAGGGCGCCGCAGAGCCGGGCCUGGCCGCUCAGAUGAUGACCGCGGCAGAGGAGCGGCCUUGGCUUUGGGUCGUCUACGUGCUGACCGUGGCCUUGCCGCUCGUCCUCGUCCUCGUCUUCUGCUGCACUGGCAAGAAGAAGAGCGAGGCCCCGGCAGCGGCGGAGUACAAGAAAACGGACGAGGCCCAGCCUGACGUGAAGGAGGACCAGGAGGCCGAAGAGGAGGACAAGACUAGCCCAGAAGGCGAGCAGCAGCAGCAGCAGCAGGAGGAAGAGGAAAAUGAGGAACGUCCCGCCGACAAUGAUCAAGCGGGCGGUGAUAAGGAGGACGAGGUAGAGGCGGCGUCAGGGGAGGAGUUGGAGGAUGACAUUCUGCGGAGAUCUCCCAGGAACAGGAAGGUCAGAAAGGACUGAUCAAUCUCGAGCAACUGCCCCCCCCCCGCACUCCCUCCCAGGUCCCCCAUGCCCAUUUAAUGCCCCCCUCUCCUCCCGCGUGGAAGCGGGCAGAAAAAGAACGAAAGCAAACAGCGCAGAUGAGUUCCAGCGCCAACAGGACCGACGUAGACGUAAGGUUUCGUUUUGAAAAGAGAUUAUCCAAGUCCACUUGCAACUUCCUGCAUCAUUCCUUAACACAAAGCCAGAGCAGACUCACACCCGCCGGACCGUCGGACGGCCCGCUAGCAGCCUUUGGGCCAAUCAGACAUCACGGGGAUGAUGUCACAGAGUUGCUAAUGCUAAUGAGCCUGAUUUGCAUUUAAAUGAUAAAUCCCAACAAGCCUUUGGUGACACCUAAUCGAAUGGUUUAGCAAUUAGCAGCCGUUAAUUAGCCUGUUAAUGAUGCGCUAACAGCUGGCAGCAGACCAGAUAAUGUGGGUAAACAGUUUGCUAACUGAUUAAGUGGAUCCUUAAGAGCUGUUUCCAUCCGCUCUUGAGCACAUAUUGGACAUAAGAAAAAUCUCCAAGCAAAAAAAAUCCACUGCGUAAUUGUACCUUCUGCCAUCUAGUGGAAGAGCGUGUAAUUGUUCUGCCUGUCACUAUACGUCACUGGCAUAGAUGGGUGAACAAAAAAUACAUAACCAUUUUCAAACCAAUGACGUGAAAUUGGAUCAUUUCAGCCUAAUUGGGAUUAAGUGUCUUUUUGAUAGAAGCAAUGCUGCUCACGUUGAUGACAUCACUCCUCGUCACAUGACGUCACCGUCUGGACGUGUCCCGACGCCGCUCCCUUCAUCUUUAGCCAAACAAAUCUUUCUCAAAACAAAUCUGAAGCUUGAUGGAAAAGGCAGUGUCUGCUAUGAUGAUUUUUAUUUUAUUUUUUUCCCCCCUCCUCCUUCCCUAUUUGAUCGAAUCUUUCGACGUAGCUCUGCACUGAACAGGAAGUGAGUGAGUCGCACAUCCUGUUUGGACGCGUCUCUCUGUCCACGUCUUCGUUUUGUCAGCAAAUUAGCUUAGCCUUAGCAGUGGUGCUUGAGUCUGCUUCUUCCUUUGAUUUUGUGUUAACGCUUUUACUCAUUCCCUACUCCUUGUUCACUGCAAAGACAUUUUUAUAUUGUAGACAUUUUUAGGGAACUAUCUCGGUCCACAACAUAAAAAUCCCUUUUGUAGUGAUUCAGGAGUAGCGAUGAGCGACGGCGUUCGGAAUCAUUGAUCAUUCCUGACUCCCGAAUCACUACGAAGGGAUUUCUGGUGGACUAUUUAGGAACUAUCUAGGUUCACUAUAUAAAAAUGACUUUGUUGUGAUUGGGGAGUAGGUAGGGAAUGAAAUGAGUGAAUGAGUCCAACUGCAUUCGGAAUCAUUCACUCAUUCCUCACUACGUACACAUUUUCAUAUAUGGAACCUAGAUAGUUCUGCAAGUCUUCUGGCGUCGGCAUCGUCACGGUGAUACCGCCUGCUAACACUGUACAUCAGAUCCACUUGCUAACUGCCUCUUGGUUGCUGUUUUUUAAUUAUUAUUAUUUUGGAUUUUUCAGUUUUAGCUUUUUGUGUUGAAACUAAAGUGCUGGCUCUGCCUGUUCCUGCUGCACACAUGGUGUGGCGAGUGAGACGCCGCCGGAAAAAUGGUCCAACUUUGACUAGAAAUACUGUGAGACGCUGAUGUGUGUUUUGAUGAAUAAAAAGGCCAAAUGGAACAUUAA